UACACACCAGCAUUGGCCAGACAGAGGCUGCAUUCUGCCAAACACACGCUGGGGAUAGGCAGUCAUAAAAAAGAAGGGGACAAAGAGUCCAGCAGCUCUCGCACACACCGGACUCAAGCAGGAUCUGCACCAUGAAGACCAGACUAGGCUGCCUGUCCAACAAAUCCGACUCCUACAGCGACUUCUCCGAGUUCCUUCCUCCUGCCCACGAAACUACAGCCAGGUGUCUGAAACUAUCAACGGAUGAGGUGGUUCGAUGGUCUGAGUCGUUCGAUCACCUUCUCUCUCACAAAUAUGGCCUGGCUGCCUUCCGGACAUUUCUCAAGACGGAGUUCAGUGACGAGAAUAUCGAAUUUUGGAUGGCCUGCGAGGAGUACAAAAAAAUCAAGAGCUCCACCAAGCUGGUGUCAAAAGCAAACAAGAUCUUUCAGGAGUUCAUUGAUGUUCAGGCACCAAGAGAGGUCAACAUUGACUACCGCACCAGGGAAAAGACCAAGCAGAGCCUGGAGGAUCCGUCCCCGACCAGCCUCAACGAAGUCCAGGCUAAAAUCUACAGCCUCAUGGAGAAAGACUCCUACCCACGAUUCCUCAGGUCCAAGAUGUACCAGGACAUAGUGAACAGGGCGCACGCACAAGGCCAGCGGCGGUCUGUUUGACUGAAUCUGAUGAAGAUGACAGUGGACACAAAAGUGGACCUAUACUGUAAAUCAUUCAUUACCCUUUUCACAUCUCUGAAUAUACUGUGAAUCUGCAAGGAUGGGGCGACAUGCUUGACUGUUUCCUUUUGUCUACACCAGCUCCAUGCAUGCAAUCCCUCUAGAUAAGAUGUGUCUCAAUGGACUGCACUGUACAGAGAGAGAGAGCGAGAGAGAGAGACUGGAGGAGGAUAAGCUAAUUAUUUUACCUCUACUUGGUGCUGGGUGAUAGAAAAUAUUAUCAUGAUAAAAAUGACCAUAUUCUGCGAUAACGAUAUUUAUUACAAUAUAAUCUUGUGCUUUUCUUUUUCCAUCAGUCAUAUACCAUGUAUUUUUAAAACUUUCUUAAAAUGAAAUCCAACAGUUAAUUAAUGAAAUGGUGUGAGUUUAGAACAAAAUGCCACAAAUAGAUCUUGAUAGUAAAGCGAUAUAUAUAUUUUCGUGUGUGUGUAACUUACAUUGUUUGUUUUAGGCACUGUCAUUGGCAUAAAUUUAAUGCUUAUCCAAAAAGUAUAAAGCAAUUAAUGAACAUUUCAAUAUGGAACAAUAACAACAGAAAGUACUAAUUUUACGUGGAUCCUCUGGUUGUGGCUCAUUAUAUUUAGAUGCUAAAAUAAAUGUAGCUGUUUUAAUGACAUAUAUGGUAAAAUGUUCAGACUAUGAAAUAAUUGGAAAAAAAUGUCAAUGACUGACAUAAGAACAUUUUCUUUUAUGAACAAUUUGACCAUCUUCAAUUGAACUUGCAAUCAUUUGUCAUUUGUUCUCCUCACAUGUCCCUUAUAUUUGUACUUUGGAAGAGGGUAGACCUCUUUCCAUUGACAUAUUAAUGUAAAAUUGGCUGGUGGAGCGAGAUUUAUAGCCGGGUGGAUUGACUCGUGUUGUGUUCCACUGACCCAGUAUUGACUUGAUUAUAC